AUGAAUAGACGCCCUAGCGUUGCACCACCAAUUCUUCACACUCCGCCGCCUUCCACACCAUCAAAUAAUCGAUCGUACAAAUGGACAUCAAUGACAGCAGCGAAUUGUGAUAGUUUCGUUGUCGAUCAGACGCCGGAAAAGAAAAAAGCGGAUAUCAGCUGGCUUUCGCCCUCACGUGGGGACACUUGGAGAAAAAAUGUUCCUCGCGGUCGUAUUCGCAAUAUAGCCGCAUUAUUUGAUAAUAUUGCCCAGGUUGAAGUCGCUGAUAAAUCGGAGGAACUCAAGCAGUCGCGGCGCAUUCGACGAAUUAGCGAGCCAAAUUACGAUAAAGAUGAGAAGAUAUUAGUCGAAACGAAUUUUCUUGACGAUUCAAUGAUGGAAGGAUACGAAGAAGAAGACCGACGUCGUGAAGUGUUUGAAGAUUAUGUGGACUCGCCGCACGCAAAAGAUGAAGCUUAUUAUCAAAUGACGACUGCUCAACAUCAGCAGCAUCAGCAACCAAGUUACAUGGAAUCGAGCCACCGUUGUGUCACAUCCUAUGUGCACCAUAUUAUUGGCGAUGGCGGCGAUAAUAACAAUUUUCAAAGUCACAAUAAUAGCGAAGCUCGAUCAUCGUCGAUUAUUGAUAUCACGCCUCGACGGCCCUCGAUUACUAGCACUCGGUUCAAUCUAAUUGAACGGGAGGCGAAAAUGAAUGAGGCGAAUAAACGAUUCUCGGGAUUUGUUACGUCCACACCGCAAAACUUGAAAUGUCCAGAUGAGGCUUCCAAAUAUUUUGGAAAUGAAGAAUCGAUCAAAGCUUCACCAUCGAUGCGUCGAGAACGCCGUGGAACGCAGGCUAUUGUUGUCCCAAAGUUUGAGAUUGAUUCGCCCAAGUCUGAGAAGAAAUUCAAGGCGCCGUUACCAAAGCCGACGGGAACUGUUAAAUCGAUGGCAGAAAGUCUUGAAAACUCUGAUCUCGGCUUCCAUCGUAAAAUUGACGCGGCUGCUGAAAUUGCCGAGCUUCGCCGAAAUGCCGAAAAGAACUACGACGAGAAUAGUAACGUUCUGGAUGAUUCAUCUGACAACAGACAAACUCGGAAUAAUGUGAGAAUGGGAAUUAGCAGUCUUGGCUAUAAACCUGAAGAUAAUGACCAUGAUUACUACAAUAUGCUUGAGCAGCGAGAACGAGCUCAAGAGGAAGGUUGUCAGGAUCAGGAGGACUUUUACACCAUACCACGAAAGUACAAUGAUCUCAAUGAUUCGUUGCCGCGAAUGAGCAGCAAGCUUAUGAGACAGUCGCUCCCGUUUUCCGAUAUUCCUGAAGAACGAACUGAUGAUAAAAUAGACGAGAUGUUUGAUUUUGUUGAGCAGAAGACGUGUGAUAUCGGAGAUAAAACUCUUGAAAGAACGGAUGGAUAUGUUUCGAUUGAUAAUAGGUCUAAUGCCACCAACUAUCAUAAAAGACAAAUGAACAUGUCGAAUCACACCUAUCAGGAGCUCGAGCUCGAAAAAUCGAAUACCCGAUAUGUGGAACAUUUUGAAAAUGACGGAACGGGUUUCACAGCUUCUACUAAUAGCGGAAAUGCUCCACAAUUCACGCGCUCGCCGACACUAAUGACGCCGCAUGCUGGACAAUCGGUGACGGAAUAUCGGGUGAGCGAGCGUGAGGGACACGCCAAAACGGAGAAGAUUGUGGUGAAUAAAUCGAUGACACCAUCGGCGUUGGCGACAUCGACACCACUUGGGACAUUGGCGCAGAGAAGAGGUUAUAUGAAUAAUAUGCAAGAGGAUUCGUUCGUCAGCUCGAUUAGCAACAUGUCGACGGCGGAUAAGACGAAUGAAUUGAGGCGGCAAAUUUCGAAGCUCAUCGAUAUGACGGAGAAAACUCGCCGACAUAUUGAACUUGCUGAAACCGCGCUCAUUGAUGCGAAAAAGAGUCAUCUCGUCGUUCAGGAACUCUCAGCUCAACGUGUUUUGCUCGUUACCCGCGAACGGCUGAAGCUUCAACUCGACGAGGUGAAGCGACUUCAAGCUCUUUCUGUGGUCCGCCAUCCGCCUCCGCCGUUGAAUCGGUAUUUCAAGUCGACGAUGGUGAUCUCGAAUAUUUCUGUGUACCUCAACAAGAAUUUCAAUUUGCGUGGCUCGUUUGCAUUUAUUGUAGCUCUUAAGUGUCGCACUGAGAUUGAGGCUACUGGCGUUGUGACGCUCCUCGCGCAUUACCAAACCCGAUUGAAUGUGAUUCAUUUUGCCGAACAUCUGCACUUUUCGAAUUUACCUGUUGAUUUUGUGAUCACUAUGGAAGUAUACAUGAUGAAAAUUCCUGAAUAUCGUGAGCCGAAGAAGACGUGCGCCGCAGUGUUGGCGACGAAAUGUAAAAAUUUAUUAGUUCCUAGCGCAGCCCAGCGUAAAACGAGGCCAAGAAGCCGUAAUGAUUCGACGAUUUCACGCCAAAACGCGCCGAAAUGCGACUUUGGCUUCUGCGGAAAAUUGACGCUUGACCGAGACUCGGCCGGUGAUGGGAAUUUUUAUCUCGAUGAUGUCACUUAUCCGCUUGAAGGCACUGUUAAGCUUGUUUCUCAUUGCUCGUCGCUGCCGGAAGCAAUAGAUGUUGAAUAUCGCGGAUUUUUGUAUAUGUACAAUGAAGAAUCGUUGAGCGGUGAAUCUGUGUGGGAGAAGUUUUGGGCGAUGCUGAAUCGCGGAAUAAUCUUUUUCUGGAAGAAGCCGGAAGACGAGAAGACUGAACAGAUACCGCUCUCGCAGAUUGAUUUGACGAAAUGCACGAAUGAUACGAUUGAGCCGAUGAAGAACACGAUUCAUGGAAAACAGCAUUUGUUUUCGGUUGAGCUGCUGAUUGAUCAGACGCCGGCGUUGUUGGAGAAGAGAAGAGUUCUCCUUGCUACCGAAUCGGCGGACCAUAUGAAUUCGUGGCUGAAUGCUAUAAACGACACGCUACUUGUUCUCCGCUCGUAA